UCACCAAUCAAACUUCAAAUUUUAUCUUCUUUUCCUUUCUUUCCAAGCAAUCUGUGGUUUCCCUUCACCUUAUAAUCCCUUCAAUUUCCCAUUGUUUCCAUUGCUAAAUCAAAAAUUUCCUACAAUGGCGAUAACAAAGCAAAACCUAGGCCUCAUCUUCAGUCUCUCAUUUCUCUUCUUUUUCCUUCUCCAUUGCUCAGCAACUUCAGCUCAAGCUCCAGCUCCGGCACCAAUGCCACCUGGUCCGCCGGACGUCACCAAAAUCCUUGGAAAAGCAGGCCAAUACAGCAUCUUCAUAAAACUACUAAAAUCCACCCGAGUCUCCUAUCGUCUCCUCGGUGAGCUCAACAACACGGGAAACGGGAAGACGAUUUUCGCACCGACGGAUAAGGCUUUCUCGAGCCUGAAAUCCAGUGCGCUGCAUUCAGUCAACGAUGAACAAAGGGUUGAACUUGUGCUAUACCAUGUCGUCCCAACUUACGUCCCAUUAUCCCAGUUCCUUAUUGUUAGCAACCCUAUGAGAACUGAAGCCGGAGAGAGUGGGAACGGUGAGUUCCCUCUAAACGUAACCACUGUAGGGAAAACGGUGACUCUGAUGACGGGGCAGACGAAAACCGAUGUCGCCGGAACCAUUUACGCCGAUGGUAAGCUUGCUAUUUAUCGGGUGGAUCAAGUGCUUCAACCUUUGAAAAUCUUCGCUCGUAACUCUUCAGCUCCUGCACCUGCACCGGGGAAGUCUCUGGUGGGUGGUGAUGUUGGUGAGAAGUCUGAAGCUUUGAGCAUUGGCAUUCAUAAUCUAGCUUUGUUUGCACUUAGUGUUACAACUUUCGCGCUUUCUUUGUGA